AUGAGGAUAAACGGAGACAUGCCACCUGAAAAAGAAAAGGAGGAGGAGGAAGGGAAAACAGUGUCUUUAUCUACGCAACAGCCUCAGAAACUGGUAGUGGUUGGGUAUGCUUUAACAUCAAAGAAAAAGAAGAGUUUUUUGCAGCCAAAGCUUGAAGUUUUAGCCAGAAAUAAGGGCAUAUUGUUCGUUGCUAUUGAUCUAAACAGGCCAUUGUCAGAUCAAGGUCCCUUUGAUGUUAUUUUGCACAAGUUGUUGGGGAAGGACUGGUGCGUAGCUAUUGAGGACUACAGGAAAAGAAAUCCAGAAGUAGCUGUCCUUGAUCCUCCAGAUGCAAUAGAGCAUUUAUACAAUCGUCAGUCCAUGCUCAAGGAUGUGACUGAUCUCAACUUAUCUGGUUGCUAUGGCAAGGUCUGUGUUCCAAGGCAGAUGGUCGUUAUUAACGAUCCAUUAUCUAUCCCUCAUGAAGUCAGCAAAGCCGGACUAAAGUUGCCACUAGUCGCAAAACCACUAGUUGUGGAUGGAACUGCCAAGUCUCAUGAACUGUUUCUUGCUUAUGAUCAAUGCUCCCUCUCAGAACUUGAACCUCCCUUGGUACUACAAGAGUUUGUCAAUCAUGGUGGUGUUCUUUUCAAGAUUUAUAUCGUUGGUGAAGCCAUAAAGGUUGUACGACGAUUCUCUCUACCUAAUGUUACAAAGCAAGAGCUAUCAAAAGUUGAAGGUAUUUUUCGUUUUCCGAGGGUUUCAUCGGCUGCAGCUUCUGCAGAUGAUGCAGAUCUUGACCCUUCUGUUGCUGAACUUCCUCCCCAUCCUUUACUGGAGAAGCUUGCGAGGGAGCUUCGUCACCGACUGGGACUCCGAUUGUUCAACGUAGAUAUGAUCCGAGAGCAUGGGACCAAAGAUGUUUUUUACGUGAUAGACAUCAAUUACUUUCCUGGGUUUGGGAAAAUGCCAGAUUAUGAGCACAUUUUUACAGAUUUCCUACUGAGCCUAGUGCAGAGCAAGUCUGGUCUCCUUGGGAAACUGAAGAACAGUCGAUUUAGUUUUUCUGUAAUACAGAAUGGCAAAAUGAGCAAAUCCCAGUGCCCAUGUGUGCGCGCGCAAGAACUUCAGUUUGAGACAAAUCACCACUUCACAACUUUCAUGAGCCACUGUCUCUCUUGUUUUGUUACCACUCAGCCUGCUCAAGGCCUCUGA